UAAAAGAAAAAGUCGAUCUGCAGAUUAAACGGCACAAAAAAUGCAGCACUUUUAGCCUAGUUUUGAACUGGAAUCACUGAAUGAAGCAGGCUGAGCCGAGCUGUCUCCAGCUGUCAGCCCCAGGGCAGCGGUGAUCCCUCCCAGGAGCGGGGUGAGCGCAGGGAGACCAGGCUGCUUAAGCCUCCCGCUUCAGAGGGACGAUGGUGGAGGGCUGGUAAAGAUGGCGGCUCUCUCCGAGGAUGGGAGGUACGGAUUAAAUUGUGGCCAACAGAACGCAGAAAGAGUCACCGUACUGCACGUCAAGUUGACCGAAACAGCACUGAGGUCGAUAGAAAACUACCAAAAUAGCUCGAACGUACCUUCUUCACGACCUACAAUAAAAUUCAAGGGACUCCAAGGGCACAUUAAAAUUCCCAAGACUGACUCCCCCUCAGACACCUUCCACAAUUUUGAUUUCUACUUGUCCAAUGUGGGCAAAGACAACCCUCAGGGAAGUUUUGAGUGUAUCCACCAGUAUGUGUCAAGCUCAGGGGCCUCACACCUGGCAUUGUUGGCGACGGUACAGGACAAGGUCACAGUGUGCGCCACCAAUGACUCCUACCAGGUGACCCGGGAACGCAUGACCCAGGCUGUGGAGGACACACGUGAACGUGGGACCAAAGUCAUCAAGCCUGGGGGCCAGUACAGAGGAAAGCAAGUGCACAUUCGUAAGCCUGCACUAUCAGCCCCAGAUGUCGUCCCAGAGCGAAAACGCUCCACACCGAUCAACCCAGCCAACACCAUACGCAAGUGCCUUUCCAACAACCCCGUGUCCCAGAGGCCGCUCCGGGACCGCAUCAUCCACCUGCUGGCGCUCAGGUCCUACAAGAAACUGGAGGUGCUUGGCCGUCUGCAGCGGGACGGGAUCAACCAGAAGGACCGCAACUCUCUGGGGACCACCCUGCAGCAGGUGGCUAACAUGAAUCCCAAAGACAACACGUACUCUCUGAAGGACUUUAUGUAUCGGGAUGUCCAGCGAGACUGGCCUGGCUAUUCCGAAGACGAGAAGACCCAGGUCGACCGGAUCUUAGCUCGUAAAUUAGGUCUUCCUACUGAGAGAGUUGCAUCAAGCAGUCCCCCUAAAGACGGAUUCCCCACUUCCCCUCAGAAGCGCCAGCCUGACUUUGACUUCAUCGAUCCCUUGGCUCCCAAGAAGGCACGCAUCUCUCACCUCAGUAACCGGGGGUCCGCUGCAUCUUCAUCCUCCUCUGAGCGCCGAGAGGAUGAGGGCAGCCCCAGCUCUAAACACUCGUCCCUACCCCCCAAUGUCACCUCGGGCCCUCCCACCCACCUGCCCAUAUCAUCUCACCCUCCAGCUCCCUCUCAUCAGCAGCCCAGCCCAGCCUCCAACUCUAACUCACCCAGCACCCCAGAGGGCUGCGGCACCCAGGACCUGCCCAUGGACCAGAGCUCUUCCUGCAGAGACCCCUCCCCCAGCCCCGUUUCUGCUGAUGGGACCCUGCAGGACUCCUGUCGGCACCCCGUCUCCAAACCCGCCGCCUCCCCUACACCUUUGCCGUGCACCUCCCUCACUGUUACCUCCACUGUCAUCACCAGCCCUCCCUCAUGUAGCGGUUCAAGUAAAAAGUGUCGGAAGAAAUCCAAGAAGCACAAGGACAAGGACAGAGAGAAGGAUAAAGGGAAACAGACGGAAAGACCCAGCUUUAGUCCUCCGGUUGUGGCAGAGCAGGUGCAGGAGAGUCAGAGAGCUAAAAAGAAACGCAGCGCUGACGAGGAAGUGGGAGGUGCUCUUAGCAAAAGUUCUCACAAAGAUCAAGACAAAGAGAAGCCACUUGUCCAGUCCACUGAGUCUUCAUCCAAAACUGAGAUGCCUGACUACGUCGUGAAGUACACGCCGCUGGUGUCCCUUGACCAGAGACAAGGCUACAAGGAUGACUUUAACGCAGAGUACGGCGAGUAUCGUCAGCUACACGCGCGUGUGGAGAGCAUCACCCGCCGCUUCACACAGCUGGAGGCUCAGUGUCGGAAGCUGACUCCUGGAACUAAAGAGCAUCAGAAAGUGCAGGAUGAGGUCCUGAGGGAAUACAAAAAGAUGAAACAACACAACCCGAACUACCAUGAAGACAAACAGCGCUGUGAAUACCUGCACAACAAACUGGCCCACAUCAAGCGACUGAUAGCUGAUUUCGACCAGCGCCGAGCCCAGUCCUGGUGCUGAGAGCACAGCACAUCUUCUAUCAUCAGUAUUGUGAACGGAGUGUCAAACCAGGGUGGGCGUGACCAACCCAUUCUUAUUUAUUACAACACCUCCUCAUCCUUCAUUCCCUCCUCUUUCCUUUUGAUUCCACGGGCGUCUUUACUUGCCUGAAACCGAAAACAUCCGACUCGACUCCCAUCUGUUCUGUUUUUUCGUUGGUUCUGGUGGAACUUGGUACCACUGGAUCGGAGAUAGGGAGGGAGAAAACUUGUGAAGGACACUUUCUCUUUUCAGACAAAGUAUUUUGGAGCAUCAAGAAAAAUAUUAACUUGUAUUUAAGUAUAAAAAUUAAGAGGGAGAUAUUUAUUUAGACUCCUAGUGUAAACAAGAGUCAUCAGAUGAUAUAUUAAGUUUUGUUUUGUUUUUUCUUGAACAAUGCAGCAUAAAUUACCAACAGCCUUAUGUGUUGAACUUGAGAAGUCGCUCUGCACUCGAGUUCCAGAAAUCCGAAUUAGCAAAUAUUUCUCUGCUGCCUCAUUUCCUUUUGUUUCUGUAAGAUGACGUACUAGAGAAGCCUGUGAAGACAAACAGGAAAUGAGGUCACCAGGGACUAGCAGUGGGGGUGGUAAGUUUAGUUGCUACAACCACAAAGGGUGAUGAGGUUGGGGGUAAUUAAGUCACUGUUCACAGAGCCUUCCAGCGUCUGAGCUGGGCCCAACCCCAAUGAAUCCACACUAUGCAAAGGAACUACAACUGCCUGGAGACUUGGUGUGGGUGAGUGUGUAUGUGUUUGUGUGUGCGUGCGUGGCUGUCAUAAGGGAGAAAGGAGAGUUACAAAAGUGUGUUCAUGUGAGAGUUAUGCUGAGUGACAGGAGCACGGAGAAAAAGUUAGAAAUAUGACAAAAAACUUAAAAAAAAAAGUAAAAAAGCUGCUAGUGUUUGAGCAGCCAGGAUCAGGAUCCACCUGGCUGGAGAGACACCUGAUUCUCCUCGAAGAGAUGCAAACGGAUCCUCGCUUUUCACAGCGGUUCCUCUCUAGGCCGCGCCCCCUUAAUGAGCCUGAUAAUCCAGAGGCAAAAGUCUUGGGUUUGAGUUUUUUUAUUAAGAAGCCACGUCAUCCUCCUCCUCCUCUAGAGGCCCCGUCAGGACUCUGGUACUUUGUUUUACAUUCUUAGUGUGAAUUCCACAGAGAAACAGAAGAUUUCAGUUAUUUUUUUCCUUUUCACGGAUCAACGCGUGGCUUCUGGUCUGUACUUUAUUUCAACAAGGGACAAAAAAAUGUUUACAAACUUGUGUUAGGAUGUUUGCCAAAUAUGAAAUGCCUUCCUGGUUCUGCUUCCAUGGAGAGGAUCCUUAUAGAAACUGAUAAAUGUUCAGAGAUCAUUUCUUACUCGUGUCGCCAUGGUGACGAGUCUCUUCAUAAAUAAUCUCAUUUGAGCUUCUCAGAUAUUUUGUCGUGCUGUUCACAAGUCAGUCUCUGCAGUAGACUGGUUGUUGUUCUCAGCGGUCAGAAUCACUUCAACUUGAUGAAACCUACACCUUGGUUUCUCUUGUUUUGGACAAAAUUCUAAAUUUGUAUUUUGGAGUGUCCUAUCAGCAGAUACAUGUAGACUACAUGGUCUUCUGUGGCCUCAGCAACCUGGAGGAAUGAAACAUGUCUCGUUAUGAAGAGAAGGGGAUUAUUACACCAGUCAGACGUGAAACUAAAGGAAAUUAAGUGAAUUUGGCUGAAAUGGCAACAUAAAAUGUUCAAAACUAAAUAAAAACCUUUAGUUUACCUGGA